AUGGCCGCCUCGGUUUCAUCCCCAUCCAUCACAACGGUGCAGUUCUUACCCCGGGCAGCCUACCAGCCAGUCUUGACUAUCGAGAAGGACCCCUUACGCCAUCACGACCAUGACCUGCACCCCUGGCGUCCCAAUGCCGCCGUGAGAUCGCAGGAAUCCGACUCUUUGUAUGCCCAGGCCAACAACCAGUAUCUGUACCACCUGUGGUACUCGGGGAAUCUGGCGCCCUUCAUGGCCACGCGCGUGCUGAGCAUUGCACCCUUCAAGAACGACCUCCUGAACACGAUUCAACGUGUCCUCAACAUCCUGCUCGACGGCCGCGUUUGGGAGGCCAAGCCUGGCGAGGCCUUUGCCAUCGAGCAGUGGUCCGAGGAGAUCGAUAUGCGGCGCGAGGCCCAGGACAAGGUCGUGGCCGUUUCGGACCUCGCCGAUGAGUCGCCGGACUGA